CUUUGUUUCAAUCCUGACUCCGAUCCCUUCCUUCCUUUCACAAAGUAAAGAUUUUUAAUUUAAAAAUUUCUCUCUCUUUUUCCCACAAUUUACCCGCCAAAAUGCCCCCCUUUGAUUUUAUUUUAUUUUAAUUUGUGUCAGUUCCACAGCUCCCUUGAUUGCCCAUUCGGCCUUUCUCUCUGGUUUCGGUCUCUCUCGCGAGUCUACAGCAUUGGGUUUCGAUUAAUAUUUGUUUACAAUGGAUCCCGAGGUGGCUGUUGACGGAAACGCGGCGUUUGAGCCUUCUCCGACGGCGGGGGAGAAACGGGGGAUCGAGAACGGGGACGUUUCAGGUUCGAAGAAGCGGCACUGCCACGGGGGAUUAAAGAGGGUGACCGAGAUCGUGCUGGUGCUGUCGACGAUGGGGAAGAUGAGGGGAGGAGGUAGGGAUCCUACAGCGGCUGAGAUGGCGUUGAUGUUGGAGGCGCGUGAGACGUUGGCGCAGAUGUGCGGGGAAAUGGCGCCCAAGGAUAUUGUUCGGAGGGAGGCGAUAGGGAAUGCGAUUGAAGAGUUGGGGCUUAAUUCCAAGCUCAGAGAGCAGAGAUUAGGGUUUAGGGGUACGGGAAUGUCGAUUUCUCAGAAGGUCCUGCUUGCUAAAAUGAAGAUGGAAGAACCGAAGAAAUUCACUACUCCUGCUACAUAUGUACCUCAGUCGGUGCAAACUAAUGUUGGUGGAUCAGCUGAAAACCGUGGAGCUACACACACAGUUCGCGUUUUACCAUCAGAUCAACCAAUUCAUGCGACUGUAUCUUCUGUUACAGCAGCAGGUUCAACUCCAUUACAGCAUCAAUUGCCCACCGGCGACAUAAAAAUGGCUACAAUGUCCACCGGGGUACCAAGUGGCCAUCUAGGAAAUUUGUCUUCGUUUGCGUAUCCCAGGGUCGAGAGACCACAAAUUAAGUUGGAUGGAGUAUCAAACGUGGCUUCUUACGUUUCCCAUGUUCCAGCUAAUUCUUCAGCAAGCCAUUCACUCACGAAUGCUCCCGCUUGGUCUAUGCAAGCUCAACCUGCAGCAUUAGCUAAAUCUGGGCAAGAGAACAAGGUUUUUACUCAUAAUCCGACCAAGGUUGAAGGAAGUACUGGUUCAACUAUGGCACAGAUGACUCCUCAAGCAGUGAGAGAUCAAACCUUUAGACCAUUCAUCACUCAAACUGCAACCGGAACUUUUCGAAGUGUGCACCAGCCAGUUCAAGGUGUGAACUUUACGCAAGCUCCUCCGUUUACUAAUAAUCACAGUGAAAUCGCUCGAAUUGUUCAAAAGUUGUUACAACCUAAGCUUCCCGCAAACCCUACUUGGACUCCUCCUUCUAGAGAGUAUACGAAUAAGGCUGUGACUUGCCAAACGUGCAAACUUACCAUUAAUGAAGUCGAAAACGUGCUGCUUUGUGAUGCAUGUGAGAAAGGAUUUCACUUGAAAUGUUUGCAGCCGAAGGGAAUACCUAGAGGUGAGUGGCACUGUGCUAGAUGCUUGUCAUUUUGCAACGGGAAGCCUUUGCCCCUGAAAUACGGUCGUGUCAUGAGAAGUAUCAAUGUACCCAAAGUGCCUUCUAGCUCAGCUGAAGUUCUGUCAUCUUCAGAGACGAAAGUGGAAAAUCUGGGUCCAUUGAUCAAUCAUGAGAAGGUAACUGAAAACGGAAGCUCAGCGUUGCAGACUCCUGCUGUGUCCACUACGGUUGACAGCAACUAUGUUGAGUCAGCAUCAGGUUCUAAGGUUCCAAAAGCGAACUCAACAAAACCUUCGGAGGCUGUAUGUGAUACUCCUGUUGGCAUGGUAACUCAAAAAGCCGAAGAACCUUCUCAAAUGACUGAAUCAUCUAAGCAUGAAGAAAGAAAUGGCCCUACAACAUCACAUACUGUGGAUACAUCAUCUAACACUAUCAACGACAAGGCAGAACAUUCACAGCCUUCACAUAUCAAUCAAGAUAUUCCAACAGAGAAGCAAAACAGUGCCGAAAUUCCUUCAAAUGAUUGCCAUGGUGAAAGUUCUGGAGUUAAAAAAUUGGAGAAAGGUUCAGAAGGAGAUAUUGACUUCAUUAAACAGAUUGAUCAAACCGAACAAGAUGCUGCAGCUGCACAAGUGAAUCCUACUGCAAAUUACGAAGCUAAUACUGAGAUUUCAAGGCAUCCGGAGUUUUCUUCUGAUGGUUUGCGUGCUGUUGAAUGGGCUGGUGACGUACUUCAAGUUGUGGAUGAGAAAAAGUUUUACCAGUCUUGUUGCAUUGACGGCGUAACAUAUAAAGUUCAUGAUCAUGCUCUUGUUCAUUUUGGCCAGGAUAAACUGAUACCGUCUAAGCUUCAGGCAAUGUGGGAGGAUGCUAAAACUGGGAUGAAGUGGGUGGUCGUCAAAAGAUGCUACUGUCCUAGUGAUUUGCCGGAGGGUGUCGCCCAUCCAUGCGCUCCUGAAACCAGUGAGGUAUAUGAAUCUAAUAACGAUAGCACUGUAAUGGCAAGCUCGAUUCAAUGCCCGUGUGAAGUUCUUCCUGCUACCAAAUUCAAAGAAGAGGGCAAAGUCGGUCGGGAAUUGAAGCAAAUGAAGGAUUAAGGGCAAUUUUCUUAUGCAAGUAUGUGUGUUCGUUCGGCAGCAUGUGCAAAACACACUACGUUCCGGAAUUUGACUAACGCUGCAACCAUUCAUUCUGCAGAUGGCUUUACGAUGAAUUCCAAGGAGGCUUUCAGACGAUAUCGAGUUAAAUUCAGUUAUGCAUCUCGUUACUUAGCAUGACAUGAUUUGUUGACGUAGCGAAUUAUAUCGGCUACUCGGAUCAGGUUAACAUAGUAACGUAUCGAUUUUGUUUGUGGUUUUCCGGAAUCGUAACCGUUUAUGUCGAACACAGGUAUAAAAGGUUUGCAGCCCAUCUGAGCAUCAUUGCUUGCUAUUUGCUUUUAUCAUAUGUAGUCGUAGUCCCAGAGAUAGAUGUGUGUACCCGAUACUU